GUGGCAACAGUUGCUGUAGCCGUCACUCGACGCCGAAAGCGUGGGAGGCCGGGCUCGACUCGACCGGGUAUAAACGAGGGGCCUGCCCUCGGGUCGACGCAGGAUUCCGCGAACUCUCGGCGACCCCGUCCGCCUUGCCAUGAAGUUCCUCACCGCGGUGAGUUCCUCUCUCGUCUUUCCUGCGUCAUCCGAUGGGAUGCCGAUUCACUUGGAUGGAGCGACCCGGAGGUUCGACGGGUAACGACGAGGUUCCUUUUCUUGCAGUUCCUGACGUUCGCGACGAUGCUGGUGGCCGCGUUGCAAGAAGAACUCGUCCAAACGAGAGCCGGAAACUGCCCCAGCCCGCCUCUCCUCGGCGGGUACAUCGGCACUUCCAACUGCUAUCCGAGUUCGCCGAUCGCAAGCUGCGGCUCCGUGUCGGCCUACGGCGUCUCGGCGGCGGAGAAGGACCAGAUCGUGUAUUACUUUAACUACUUGAGGGCAUGGGUCGCCUCCGGCAGGGAAACGCGGGGAAGUCCCGGACCUCAGCCAACGGCCUCCAACAUGCGACGCAUGGUGUGGGACGAGCGCCUGGCAGCGACGGCGCAGGGCUGGGCGAACAACUGCCGAUUCGACCACGACCGAAGCGAAUGCCGCAACUACGGCAGUACGUUCUCCCUCUCGAAAUUGCCCCCGCUUCGCCUUCACCCCUCGUCGAGACUUUUUCCUCGCCCUCCUUUCCAGCCUCCUUCAAAGCAGCGGGCCAGAACAUCGCCUGGAGUUGGGGGACCGGGGCCAAGGAUUGGUGGGCGACCAUCU